AUGGCUGUUGCCCUGCAGCCCAGUGACCUGAUCUUUGAGUUUGCAAGCAACGGAAUGGAUGACAUCCACCAGCUAGAAGAUCCCUCCGUGUUUCCAGCUGUGAUUGUGGAGCAAGUGCCCUACCCCGAAUUACUGCAUCUGUACUCAGGCCUGGAACUGGAUGACGUUCACAAUGGCAUCAUAACAGAUGGGACAUUGUGCAUGACACAGGAUCAGAUCUUGGAGGGCAGUUUUUUACUGGCAGAUGACAAUGAAACCACCUCACAAACCGUGUCAACCACUGAAGUCUUGCUCAACGUCGAGUCUCCCAACGAUAUCCUGGAUGACAAGCAGAUCUUCAGCACCUCUGAAAUGCUUCCAGAGCCAGACCCUGCUCCAGCCAUGACACUGCCCAACUACCUGUUUCCUGUCUCUGAGCCCGACGCCCUGAACAGGGCUGGCGACACUGGUGACCAGGAGGAGAACUGUCUGGAGGAGAAGGUCCCCACAGAAGACAGCGCUAAGAAGACUGGAAAAUCGAAGAAGAGAAUCCGGAAGACCAAGGGCAACCGCAGUACCUCACCUGUCACUGACCUCAGCAUCCCCAUUCGGAAGAAAUCGAAGGAUGGCAAAGGCAGCACCAUCUACCUGUGGGAAUUCCUCCUCGCACUUCUGCAAGACCGGAACACCUGCCCCAAGUACAUCAAGUGGACCCAGCGAGAGAAAGGCAUCUUCAAGCUGGUGGAUUCUAAAGCAGUGUCCAAGCUCUGGGGGAAACAGAAGAACAAGCCUGACAUGAACUAUGAGACGAUGGGCCGGGCACUCAGAUAUUACUACCAGCGAGGCAUCCUGGCCAAAGUGGAAGGGCAGAGGCUGGUGUACCAGUUUAAGGAGAUGCCCAAGGACCUGGUGGUGAUCGAAGAUGAGGAUGAGAGAAGCGAGGUCACAGCCACAUCCCCUCAGGCCUCUGCUCCCUCCACCUCUGGCGGCAGCUCCCGGAGAGCCAGCUCCCGGGUCUCGUCCAGAGCUGCCCCGCAGGGCAAGGGCGACACUUCCUGGGAAAAGUCGAAGGUGCAGCACGUUGGUCUCCAGCCAUCUGCGAGUCUGGAAUUGGGACUGUCUGUAGAUGAAGAGAUCCCCACUACCUCCGCCAUGCUUGUCUCUCUACCAGAAAGCCAGGCCAAAGUCACGAAAGCUGUGAGUACUUCUUCAGUGCCCAGCAACAUCCACCUAGGAGUGGCCCCUGUCAGGUCGGGCUCGGCCUUGACCCUGCAGACCAUCCCGCUGACCACAGUGCUGACCAACGGGCCUCCUGCCAGUACUACUGCUUCAACCCAGCUGGUUCUCCAGAGUGUUCCACCUGCUUCCACCUUCAAGGACACCUUCACUCUGCAGGCCUCCUUCCCCCUGAACACCAGUUUCCAAGAGAACCAGGUGGCAGCACCGGGGGCUCCGCUGAUUCUUAGUGGCCUCCCCCAGCUUCUGGCUGGGGCCAACCGUCCAACCAAUCCAGCACCACCCUCAGUCAUGGGAGCUGGCCCAGCAGGGCCCAGCUCUCAGGCCCCUGGGACUGUCAUUGCGGCCUUCAUCAGAACUUCCGGUGCCACUGCAGCCCCUGGGGUCAAGGAGGGGCCACUGAGGCCCUCGUCCUAUGUGCAGGGCAUGAUGACUGGGGCCCCCAUGGAGGGCCUGCUGGUUCCUGAAGAGACCCUGAGGGAACUCCUGAGGGAGCAGGCUCAUCUUCAGCCACUUCCAAGCCAGGUAGUUUCAAGGGCUUCCCACAAUCCGAGCCUUCUGGGAAACCAGACUUUCUCUCCUCCCAGCCGCCCCACUGUUGGGCUAACCCCAGUGGCUGAACUUGAGCUCUCCUCGAGCUCAGGGUCCCUGUUUACGGCUGAGCCUAAUAAUGUAAGCACACCCGGGAGCCUGCUGACUAGAUCCCCAACUCCAGCCUCCAUCUCCCCAUUCAACCCCACUUCCCUCAUUAAGAUGGAGCCUCAUGACAUGUAA